GUUUCGAAAAGUUUGUAGCUAGUUUGUAGCCGUCUACACCGCGCGCUGUAGAGAAUAGAAUUUCGUGUAAAAUAAUGAGCGACAUCUUUCUCUUUUUCGCUAUCUAGUUGGAUACUGGUUCCACGCCGCAGAUAAUUUUGUUCAAUCUUGAUACUCCUCGCAAAGGCAGAAAAGGGAGACGUGGCCCUAAUUUGGAGGAAUUCGAUUUUGCCACCCACCAGUUCGAAUCAUAAUGAAGCGGGUUUACAAGGGCUUAAUACUGCUAAUCUGUUUUGCUGUCGUCGAUUUUACAAGGUGUGCCGAUACCGAGACUCUCGGUGAUGCCGAGGACCAUGAUCCCGUCGAUGGCGUCGAACGAGCCUCAUCAAUCAGGUAUGGCGUAACUUAUCCAGUGUUACAGCGCCCUCACGAUAUGUUAGCCGAAUUGGAACAGAUCAGCAAGUUACAAGAGAAACAAGAUUCACCCGGCGACGCUGUCUUGGAAUUGGGCGGUCUUCGUCAAGCAGAUGAAGAAUAUUCCAAGAUGGUAGAGAUGGGUACCAACGAGAAUGGACGUAGGCAUGGCAGGAGCAGGAGGAAUGUUGACACUAGCAGAUUAUGGCCCGCUGCAACAAUACCGUAUUUCAUCAGUUCAGACGUAUCUGAUUCGCUUCGAAUGAAAAUCAACGAGAUCAUGGAAUACAUAUCGAACGUCUCAUGCGUUGAAUUUCAAGAGUUCAAUGCUGCAACAACGCCUGGAAUUGUUGGACAUGACACCAAAGUGGUUUUCCAGCAAGACAUGUCCAAAUCCUGCUCAUCGUAUGUUGGGAAAUCUCCUGAACUCGAACAACAGUUUGUUGUCAAUGAAGAAUGUGAUAGCCUCGGUGAAUUGUAUCCCAUUUUUUUUUUCCUGAUGGGUUUUUGGAGGGAAGAACUAAGGAGUGAUCGAGAUAUGUACGUUACAAUACAUUUGGAGAAUGCAAUCGCAGGAACAUCAUCUGCAUUUAGUAAAAAAGAAGGUGCUGGCUACUCUACAUUCGAUAUUCCCUACGACUAUUCAUCAAUCGUGCAUAGUCCCAGUACUGCUAUUUCGGUAAACGGGCAGCCAACCAUAACUACUCUUGAUCCCUUGGAUAUGCCGUAUUUGGGCCAGCGGGUGGCUCCUACGUUUUAUGACUUGAAGAAGUUGAACGCCGCUUACUGCCAGGAUACCAUCGAAACAAACUGUUCAAGUACGAAUCCAUGCCUGUACGAAGGGUAUCAACGAGGGGAUUGUACCUGCGCUUGUAAGCCGGGGUUUACAAAUUCCACAUGCGGCGAUGAGAUCCCAAAUUUUGAGUCACGUUGCAUACACAGGUAUACAAUAGAUGACGGGAGAAUGGGUUCCAUCUCCUCACCGAAUUACUCCUCUAACUACGACCCAAAUGUGAUAUGCCAAUACAUUAUUACGGGUCCAGUUGGAUCGACGAUGAGCGUAAGUUUUACUGAUUUCAUACUGCAUUUGCCGGGAGCAUCUUGUGACACAGAUUACCUUCAAAUCUUCUUGACGAAUACUAGCUAUGUGGCUGAUUUCACAUUGUGCGGCACAAAUACCGCGGAGGCUUUCGUCAGCCCUAGCAACGUGAUCCGGUUCGUCUUUUUUUCAGAUUCUGCGGACACGGGAUUCUCUUUGAUGUACGCCUUCAACACCAGUGGGGUACCCCGCGAGGAAGUUUGCAACGCGACAUUGACCGAGUCCAGCGGUGAGCUAAGCUACUCCGCCAGCGGAUCUACCACCAGUGCAUAUUGCACGUAUGACAUCAUCGCACCUGAAAGGCAACGGAUCGCCCUGACCGUGGAUUCAAUCAAGGUCCAGAACUCGUUCUGCUGCGUCAACAGAAUGGAGAUCCAUUUGGGAGAUGGUAACUGGAACCCUAUCCAAUUUUGCGACGAAACCGUCAUUUCGAAAGAAAUCAUCUCUGCGGAUAAUAAGAUGCAAAUCGUGUUUGCCUUGGAGGAGAAUUCUUCAGGCUCUGCCAGUUUUAGUGUGACCUACCGUACGGUAGAAAUUAACGCUGGUCCGUCGGACCCUGGUGUAAGUUUCGGCUGCGAACGCACAGUGGAGGAGAAUGGAGGUUACAUUCAAUCGCCGCGUUACCCCAUGACGUAUCCAAAGAUGACGUGCUGUGAGUAUGAGAUCAUUGCUUCGCCAGGCCUGCACGUCGAGCUUACAUUCCAGAAAAGAUUUCUGAUUGAAGAAGAAGACACAUUAACCAUAGCUUUUGGCGGAUCAAUGUUAGUCAGAAUCGUUCUGACUGGCAACGCUGCUCCGAAGGGAUCUUAUAUCUCACUCUCCGAUCGGAUGAGAAUUAAAUUCGAAUCAAACAAGAGCUGGUUUUACGGUAUUGGAUUCCGAGCGUUCUUCAAAAGUGUUUCCGUCGAUAUCCCAGCUGUACCAUCUACUACGAUGGCCCAGCAGUGUGUCUAGUGAAAAAAAUCAAAUUAUGCCAGAGAAGCAGCGAAAUUAUGCUAAAUCACGAAAAAUUAUGCCAAACCGUUUUGGACCCUAGGAUUUUCCACAGGGGGGGGGGGCAAAACCGUCCGCCAAAAAAAUUUGACAAGC